AUGAAUGGCUUCGAUCUAUUUCAAAAACAUUUUUCAAAUUCAUAUCCAGAAGAAAGAGAUUGUACAUUGGACAGCAAUGGGGCCGCUGCAACUGUUUGUAAAUUUAAUAGGCUUGGAACUUUAAUUGCUGUUGGAAGUACUGAUGGAAGAAUUUUUAUUUAUGAAUUUGUAACAAAAGGUGUUGUUAAGGCAUGGAAUGGACAUGUAAAACCAAUAAUUUCAUUAUCUUGGUCGCGUAAUGGCAAGCGUUUACUUUCUUCUAGUGUUGAUGGUUCUGUGUCUGUUUGGGAUGUUUUGAAUACUACACAGCCUCUUCAUCGACUUAGUUUUGGAGUUGGAUCAACAACUCAAUAUGCAUUAUUUAAUCCAAGAAACGAAAAUCAGAUCCUCGUUUAUCUUAUUCUUCUAAAUUCGAGUGGUCAGAUAAUUGUCUAUGAUUCAACUACAUUAAAACCAAUUAUUCAUUGUCGUCAACAAGGGAAUCAACAGCAGAUUAAAAGCUUUUCAUUUUCAAGACGUAAUGAUUAUAUUAUAACAAAUUCACAAGAUCGUGUCAUUCGUUGUUAUCGACUUCAGGAUUUGUUAAAUAUUAAGCAAGGAAGUACACUUCAACCAAUACAGCGUUUUCAGGAUAUUGUUAAUAAGACUCUUUGGAAAUGUAUUUGUACUUCUGGAGAUGGGGACUAUAUUUGUGGUGGAAGCAGUAAAAGCCAUUCAUUAAAUAUUUGGGAGCGAAGCACCGGGGCUUUAGUUAAAAUAUUGCACGGACAUAAAGGUGAAUUACUUUCCGAUGUUCAAUGGCAUCCAAAUAAACCUGUAAUUAUUUCUGUUUCUGCUGGAACAGGUUCUGUAACUGUUUGGACACAAGCACAUGUUGAAAAUUGGAGUGCUUUUGCGCCUGAUUUUACAGAAUUGGAAGAAAAUUUAAAAUAUGUUGAAAAAGAAGGGGAAUUUGACACUUUUGAUGAAGAUGCUAGUGAUAAUGGAAUGGAAAAUGAGAAAAAGGAAGAGGAAGAAAUGGAAAUAUUGGAUGUAACAACAAUAGAAGCACCAGAUUACCUUCAGUCAUCAGAUGAAGAGGAAUUGGAGGAUUUUUCUACAGAUUUGGAGAACGGAAAAUCACUUUGGUUUGUGCCUGUAGUGCCAGAAAUUGAUCUCGUGGAAGAAGAAACAAUUAUUAAAUCAGAAUCUCGUCCAAAUUCUGCAACAAAAACAAGAAAUCCAGGAAAGUCGCAGGCAAAAUCUAAACGUUCAAAAUAG